ACCGUUUUUGCACCAAAACUGAUUACGUUGUUUUUCGAUUUCGACGUCGGAAUGUCGUCGAUAUCUAAACCUGAUCAUUGUACAGAAAAGCCUAGCCUAGGACUACUAUCUGCUUAUCAAGAAUACCUGCUGACAUUUAAAUUGAUGACGUCACAAGUGGUACAAAGAGUACAACCAUUAAUUAUGCAUGUAUGCGUAAUUGGGGCUCAAAGGGUUAAGCUGUAUUGGGGGAGAGAGGGGAUGGUGGGGGGCAGGGGGAGAGGCUGGGAAUAGGAAGGGCAAUUACCCCGCUGAGAGAAAAUGGUAUUGGCUGGGAUUUGCUCUGCUUACUUUUCCGUGGUUUGGGUCUAAGCAAUGAUUGGCUGAAAUGACUUCAGUGGUAAUUUAUUAUCCUGUGAUCUGAUUGGUUAGUUUGACUCCAGUUAUUAAGCUGUAUUGUAAAAGGACUUCUGCAAAAACUGUCAUGUGCACUAUUUUUUUUUUUUUUUCAUUGUGAUUAUUUGCAAAGCUGGAUUCAUUAUGCCAGUCAGUGUUGCUUGUCACCUAGAAUGCAUCUACCAGUUUUAAACACGGUAGAAAUUAUGUGCUUAGCUACAUUUAACAAUUAUUCCACGAGCACGCAUUGGAUACGAGAUAGUAGAUAACCAAUGAGGUGUGUAGCGCUGAGUUGGCUAUAAUCAUCUCAUAUGCAAUAAGCGUGAGUAGAAUAUUUGUUUAAUGGAUAAUGCAAUUCAAGAGUUUUCAUUGGCUUAGCCAUUGUGGGUUAUGAACCAUUACACCAUGCUCUACAAAUAUGGUAAGCUUAAGUGUGAAUUUUUGGGGUGUUUAUAUUUUUAAUUAGUUUAGUUUUCUAUAUUUCGGGGGCAUUUUUAAUUAACAUUAUCAGGUUCUGAAGUAAACACUACUACAGCUGUAGUCCAAUCCCUCAUUUUGUUUACACUUUGGACCAACAUAUGUACAGUGUAUGUACAAGUUGUAAGUACCUCAUGCUCCCAGUAUGUGGUGUUCUACAGCAUUUUGAUUAAUUUUUGCAGGUAGAUGUGGUGGUAUUUGUCUUGAGCCCUGUCUCAGAUGAUCUAGAAGCUCUUAGAAAGUCUGGCAGUAGUACACCUGUUACGAUACCAGCAAGUGGACUUGCCAGGAAGGCAAUAGAUGGUAGACAAAGAAUAGUUUUACCACCUGGAAUCAAUGAAGAUGAUCCUUUAUUGGUGUUUCUACCAACAGCAGGAGUGCAUUCAGGGAAUGAUCAAAAAGUAAUAUUGUCACCACUGUAUACAGAUGAUAAACUAGUUGCAUUUUUCAUGAUUGUAUGUGGAUUUUUAGAAGACACAUUGUCUAUUCUGGAUUACACUGAACAACAGAUGCUUCAAAGUUAUCAUCAUAUAACUGAGAGAAGCAAAUAUAUUCAAGAAUUUGAAAGGCAGAAGAUGUUUUUAGAGUUCUUUAGUAGGACUUAUGAAAAGGAAGUGGGACCUUUGUCACGUAAAAUAGGACAAUUUCUUCAAGGACAGACUAAUGCAGAAGGUAGUGCCAUUCUUGUACUAGAUCACACAGCAGGGGAACUUUAUAACAAGCAAGAAAGCAGAGAUCGCAUGGAUGAGAAGAGAAUUGAGGUUUCUGGAAGUGUUUUUGAGGAUUUAAUUGAAUCUAGGAGUAAAUUAAAUGUUUCUAAUAUAGCAAAGGACACAAAAUACAGAUAUGAUUUACAGAGAAUAACAGAUUGUUAUGUACAGUCAAUGCUGUGUGUUCCAAUAGUCAGCCUCACAACAGGCACUGUUAUAGCUGUAGCAUGUGUUUUCAACAAAAGACUUCAAGAAAAAAGGUUUUCUUCCUUCGAUGAGGAAAAUGUCCAAUUUUGUUGCGAGAAUAUUGCGGCACACGUAGAACACACGUUAGAGUGGGAAAGAGAGAUGGUGAUUAAAAGGCAACAAGAGCAUUUGCUGAAGGUUGCCAAGAACUUAUUUACACUUGUAGUUUUACUGAGUGAAAUCAUGACAGAGGCGCGCAAUUUGACUAAUGCCGAAAGGUGCUCUCUGUUUCUUUGGGACAAAGAAAGAGAUGAACUUGUUGCAAAAGUGUUCGAUGGAGAAAUUCCCUCAAAUGGAGAAAAAGGAAAGGAGCCAGAAGUAAGGAUUCCCAUCACGCAAGGAAUAGUGGGACAUGUUGCCACAACAGGAAAGAUGCUCAACAUUAAAGACGCGUAUAGCCAUCCACUAUUCUACAAGGGUCUCGAUGAGAAAACCGGCUUCAGAACAAGGAAUAUAUUGUGUUUUCCGAUUAAAGAUGAAGAAGAGGUGAUUGGAGUAGCACAGUUAUGCAAUAAAACAAAUGGGUCUUGUUUCACAAAGUUUGAUGAAGACCUCACCAGAGCGUUUGCUAUCUACUGUGGUGUGAGCAUUUUCCAUUCACUUUUAUACAAGAAUGCCAAGGAUGCGUCGCAUAGAAGCCGCCUGUCAAGUGAAAUGAUGAUUUACCAUAUGACGGUCACCCAAGCUGAGGUGGAUCCUCUAGUUAAUAAAUCAAUUUCCACCACGCAAGAAAUAAACCCACAAUUUAGUCUUUUUACCUGUGCACCAAGAAUUAUCAUUCCAGAUUCGACGAUUCCAGCGUGUCUUUGUAUGUUUCAAGACCUUGGAAUGAUAGAGAAAUGGAAAAUUCCCAAGGAGGUGUUAGUAAGGUUCUUGCUAAUGGUUAGAAAAGGUUACAGAAACCCUCCAUACCACAACUGGAUUCACGCAUUCACUGUAGCGCACUUCUGUUACCUUCUGUACAAGAAUGCAAAGAUUAGCAGUCGCUUAAGGGACAUUGAGAUGCUGGCAUUAUUGGUGGCUUGCUUGUGUCACGAUAUUGACCACAGGGGAACUACAAACUCCUUCCAGGUUUCUUCAGGUUCCACGCUUGCAGCGCUAUAUAGUUCAAAAGGAUCUGUACUAGAGAGACACCAUUUUGCACAGACCAUGUGUAUUCUCAACUCAGAAGGGUGUAAUAUUUUCAAAAAUUUAACCGGCAAGGACUUUGAAGAAGUGUUCAGCCUUAUACGAGACAUAAUCUUAGCAACAGACCUCGCCCAUCAUUUGAGAAUCCUUCAGGACAUUAAAAAGAUGGCGGAAGAUGGUUUUAAUAGUAAUUCUAAAGACCAUCACACUCUCCUUCUGUUCCUCAUGAUGACGGCCAGUGAUUUGUCCGACCAAACCAAGAACUGGGAGGGAACCAGAAGAACAGCGGAUUUGAUAUAUACUGAGUUCUUCUCGCAAGGUGAUAAGGAAAAACACAUGGGGAUAACACCGAUGGAAAUGAUGGACAGAGAGCGAGCGUGCAUUCCUAAACUUCAAAUCGAUUUCUUGGAUGCGAUUGCACUUCCUGUAUACAGGUUGCUGUCUUCUCUGUUACCGGAGACUCAAGUUGUUCUGGACACGGUUCUGUCCAACAGACGGAAGUGGCAGAAGGCACAGGAAGAUGGCGAUUACGUCUAUAGGCCGGUGGCCACUGCCGACAAAGAAGUGCACAUUGCAGAGAAUGGAAAUGCGCCUUCUUAAUAACGUUAAAUUGACGCAGUUUUGAGAGCGAUUUCUCAAACAAACUAGUCUAGCAGGACGCUUGAUUAGCUUAUCAUCACGUCGACGUUGGUGAGGUAGAUUUAAUGAUGCUAUUUUAAAGUGACACAAGUGACGAUUAGGCAGUGUCUGCACUCUGACGCCGGAGAAACUUCAAAACGUAGCUCUAUUUAUACGGUUUGGCCCGCCGUCCUCACUAAUCCGUCUCGAAAACGAAGCUUUUCGAAAACGAUCUUCAAACCGGAGGCAUUGGAAAACGCUGGCUUUGCGUUUUAGUGUAGCCGGAAAACAUUUUGAAAUCGGAGCUUUUUGAAAACGAAGUAAAGUUGUCACCAUAAUCUUGUGAUUCUUUUUCCUAGUUUUCUUCAAGCACAGAUCCAAAAGAAGCGGUGAUUGAUGCGUUUUUGAAUUCCUCCAGCGUAUGGUGGACUGGACGCAGAACAUUUUAUGCGUUUUCAGGGUGAAACCUCCGUUUUCAAAUUCCUCCGCCGUAGUGUGGACGGGGCCUUGGACUCGCGUUGGUUCUGUUUCAUUGCAGUUUAUUGGCUGUUCAAAAAGUCAAAGUGCUAAACGUCAGUUGGACAAGCGUUGAAUUACCGUAUCAAUCCCACGUAGAUAAUAAGGUGAUUAUCGUUUUCAUGUAAGUUGAGGGGCGAGGCUGUCUCGAACAAUUGCUGACAAAGUUCAAAGUACAAACAGAAAAAGAGUGUGCAUUAAGUUGAUGAGAAUAUCGGCUUAUUAAUAACAUAAAUUAUUGCGCUGCUCAUGAUGGUUCAAAUCACAAUUAGAGGACAUUUUAUUAUUGUGUUCCUCGUGAUUAAAGUAUUCGAUAAAACUAUUAUAAUUUUGAAAUGUCGGCAGAAAAGAGAAAAAUGAACAAAAAUUGGCGUUGCAGUCUUUCCGUAACUGGUCUUUCUCGUGAAGCCGUUGCACGUUUUGCCCACGUGCCAGUGUUUAACUUCUCCUAACCGGUCCAAUACAUUUCUUAUGGUUCAAACUGGGAGAAUUUGUCGCAGUAGUUUGUCAGAGACACUUUUUUCUUUCGUGAUUUUGUCGUGAAUUCUCCUAAACUGUGUUCGUGGGUAUGUAUUGAUAUUGUGAUAGGAAAUUUGAUGUUGAUAAACUGAAAACUUCGGUUUAAGUUUUUAAGUUCGUCGUUCGUUCUGUUUCAAUCUCAACCAUCUUCUUAAUGUAUCUUUGGUUUAGAGAGGUUGAGAAAGACGUUUACGUUAAGUAAACGGAAAAAAGUUGUGCACCAAAAUGAGGAUAUUUAUAUUUGCUUUGAACAGGAGAUUUAAUUUCUGUUAUUUUAAAAAAAAAAAAAAAAAAAUCAGAUCCAAUUUUUCCUGUUUGCCUUAAAACGUCAUUCUUGGACCUCGCUAUUAGUUUCUUCUUGUUUACGUUUUUGACGUUCCUUCGGAUUUGAAAGAAAUUUGACAGUAGUUAUUUAAUACACAAUAUCGUGGCAAAGCGACUUUAGGUAACUUUAUGGAAACACAGGAAAAGUUUUGUUUCGUCAUCUCUUGGCUCACUUGCUGCCAUUGUUUGAAUGUGAUGCUGUUUUUAUCAGCUCUUAGUAUGAAAUAUGGAUCGUUAUUAUAUGACAGGGUAGUCUUGAGUUAAAUCCAAUCGGACUGAUUGGUUCUUUGUUUAUCGGUAUUUUGUCAUACCGUAUAUUUUGUUUUGUUUUCGAGUGCCAAUAACAAACUUCUUGCUAUCAGCCUAGCUUGCUCGAGCCGUACAGAGGAAUAUUGGCCCUCGGUCGUUUUUGUGCGUUCGUUUCUGCUAUGAACUCGGGCAAAUUUUUUCCCGUACGGCCCUCGCGCUUGGUUAGUAAGAAGUCCAUAUUUAUCAGUUCAUCAGUGUCCUUGCAAAUGGAGUUGCAUAUUUUUCUCUUGCAGUUCUUUUGACUUCAACUCACUUAAAGUUUAAAGCGCGCGAACAAUUCCGCACGGUUUUUGCGUUUGGAAACGCCUGUUGUAGCAUUGCUUUGCUCGUUAAAAAAUGAUUAAUAUACUGAUGGGCUCAGAGUAGAAGUAAAGGUUUCUUUAUGGUUAGAAAGUUUAUCCACAUAGAUUAAAUUAAGUAAAUAAAUAUUCGUAAUGAGAUAAAAAUAUAUAAAUUUACGUCGUAAUGAUUUCAUUUUUAUGAGAUGUAUUAAAUUCAAAUUGAUUUUUACAGCUUUAAGGUAGGUAGUUUCUCACGAGCGAGAGAGUUUUUCCCAUUCUCGAAUCCCUUGGAGGGGUUUGUUGGAAGAUCAGUGUUUUUCUCCGGCUUCUGUAGGCUUAUGUUUUUUAGACGUCGUCGCAGCGACUUGUCACAUAAAGUAGAGAAGCUACUGGCCCAAAUUUAGUCCACACGACGAGAGUCUCGAUGGAACUCGUCCCUUAACGUACGGGCCUGUUUAUCCCAGGAACAAUUUGUCCCUAGGAUAAGUUCCACGGACAAUUCCUCUCGUGUGAACCCGCCUACUUUCCCAAUUUCAUAAUUAAGUAAUGGAAUUUGAAAUCAUUUUAAAAUUUUAGUUCAAAGAAUUAUCUCGAUCAUAUACAUGUACAACUAUAUUAGACCGCUUGUACAUAUAUUCUCAUUGUGAGCGAUCUUUUCUACCUAUAAGCGACAGUUAUAUUAUCUUUCACUGCUCCAAUUGCAGGAAUUAGUUUUGCAUUCGAUAAAAAGAUUGGCACGCGGGUGCGAGUUAAUUUGUGCCGGUUGUUGUUUUCCCCCUUGGUAUAAAGUAUUAAGACAUUGUUUAAGGCACAAAGUAACGUUACAUUUUAUUUAUUUAAUGGAAACAGGCGUAAAACUGUAGCGAUGUAUCAAAAUUUAUGGAAUGGAAUAAAACCUCUCCAAGUUUUAUUUUA